UACACUCCCCCCCUCUCUCUUCCUCCCUCCUUCCCCCUCCCCCCCUUUCCCUCUGUGAGGGAUUCCCCAGGUAAGUCAAUUCGCUGAGACCGUACCCGUCUCUUCUAUCGCCGUCAUCCUCGCCCACCACUCCCUCCGUCCCGCCCGUUCUCGCCCGUCUCUCACCGUCGCAAUCUCCCCGACUGCCUGCGACACCGCCUCGGCCCCUCCACCAUCACCACCAGUUCACGCACGGUUGUGGUGAACUCGCCGCUUGUGCAUGACCUCAGCUCUGAGGUCCCCUUCCACCACCUUCUCGACUACUUCACGACCCCCCCCCCCCCCUCUCCCCCUUCACCCGCGGCUCUUCUGACGUGGUCCCUUGGAACGUGCGUCCCCUACGCCGGCUUCCUCUGCGGGUGCGGGAAUCAUGCCAUCCGCCGACGACGCCUCGUCCACCCGGCCUAACGGGUCCAGCUCGCGCUCCGACCAGCUGGCCUACUACAAGGCGCAAUAUGAGCAGCUCGAGGCGGAACUUUCCGACUUCCAGGCCUCCAGCCGUGAACUGGAGGCCGAGCUGGAGAAGGACAUCGAGGCGUCCGAGAAGCGGGAGCGCGUGCUGAAGGAGAAACUGGAAAUCCUGAGAUACGAGGUCGACGAAUGGAAGUCCAAGUUCAAGCAGUCCAAAUCCGAGGCCUCCUCCGCUCAGAAUACCCUGCAAAAAGAAAUCACCACUUUGCGAGACACCAACCGCACCCUGCAGCUCAAGCUGCGGGACACCGAGGUGGCGAACGAUGACUACGAACGUCAGGCCCGCCAUACCACUUCGUCCCUGGAGGAUCUGGAGCAGAAAUACAACAUGGCCAUUGAGCGCGGCGUGCUGCUGGAGGAUGAGUUGAAGGCCGGCGAUAAAGAGCGCGAGUCCCUCCGCAUCAGCAACCAGCGUCUCCGCGAUGAAUUGUCCGAGCAGAAGCUCGAGACCGAGAUCGUGCAGGAGAAGCUCCGCCACGAACUGUAUGGCGGUCGCCGCAAGAAGCCGACGCCGUUGUACCGCACCACCCCGACCACUCCGCAGACGCCCGAGAUCUUCGAUCGUUCCCCGGGCACCUCCACGGUUUCGUCGCCCAUGUUUGCUACACCGCCGAUCAAGUCAUCCCUGAUGGUCAACACCAUGGCCACCACCGCGACGCCCCCGUCGCCGCCGAUGUCUGAGACGUCAAGCAGCGUGCGCCGGUCUGUCACGAAUAUCACUCCCGCGCCGCCGGUGUCUGCGCCACCGAUGGCUGAGACGCCGACCAGCGUGCGCAGGUCCGCCACUGCUGGCUCCGGAUUUCCGCUCCAGAAAGCGGCGGGAUCUGAGUCCCUGCUGGGUUCUCGGACGAUGUACAGCUCCAAGACUUCCAAGUUCUCUCAGUCUCGGAACACCUCCUCCUAUGCUCAAGGCAACAAGCCCCGCACGAACCUUGCCAAGCCCAGCACCACCAACGCCACUGCCCCUACCAGUAGCAGUAAUGGUAAUGGCAAUGCCAACGGCAACACCAGCACGAACGGCACUACCCAGAACACUGGGCUGCCUAAGUCGGGGUCGCUGUUCCAGAUCCGCGGGCUCAUCGGCAAGAUGCAGAAGCUGGAAGAGAGGGUCCACUCGGCCAAAUCGAAGCUUCCCGCGCCUUCCGAUUCUCCUUCGCGAGGUUCGUCGCGCUCCGGAUCGAUUUCCGUGGCCGGGGGGAGUCCGGUCGCCUCCACCAUCACCAUGCGACGAAACUCGCGCAAGCGGUUGAGUGGCAGCAGCUUCAGCUCCUCGGUGCGGGAGGGCGACGGCGCCUCGUCGUACGCGUCGAACAACCGACCGUCGUUUGGCAACCGCACGCAGGGCGAUAGCCGGCCCAGCAGCCGCACGAGCUACUCCUCCAGCUCCUUCAGCCAGAGCACGCAUCCUAGCGUGACGCCUUCGACGCGCCCGGAGAGCCGCCAGAGCCGGACCAAGACGCCCUUGGGACACUACUCGAUGAACCCGACGACGGAGAGCCGGCGGCCGCGGUCGUCGCUCAGCAACCCGUCCGGACAGAACGGCCAGGUGAACGGCAUGAGCAACAUCGACGAGGACGAAGAUCUGGCGUUCCGCAUGUCGGUCCGCGCGAAGAUCAGCGAAGCGCGCGAGACCCGCUUCCCCUCGUAUUCGACCCCGACCGGGCUGAAGAAGCGCACCCCCAGCGGCAUCUCGGCCAUCCCCGCGCCGCGCAGCUUCCGGACGAGCACCGGGCUGGAGCGGCGCGAGGGCACAGUGGGAUCGCCCGACCCGAAGGAUCUGGGCGAGACCUUCUAAACCUUUUCUUGUUUCUUUUCUCUGCUUCCAAUACCCCAUCCCCGAACGACAACCUCAAGGGGCUUUACGAUGUUCACGGCCGCUACACAGGUGUUGAUUCACUUCUCGAUUCCCACUUGAACUUCUUCCCCUCAUUUUUUGGUCUCCUUCC